AUGAAUCCCAGUUACCAUCCAUGUCAUCCCACUGUUGCUAACAUCCUACCUCUACCACCAUCCUACCUCUACCACCAUCCUCCCUCUACCACCAUCCUACCUCUACCACCAUCCUACCUCUACCACUAUCCUACUUCUACCACCAUCCUCCUUCUACCACCAUUAACCUCUACCACCAUCCUCCCUCUACCACCAUCCUCCCUCUACCACCGUCCUUCCUCUACCACCAUCCUCCCUCUACCACCAUCCUACUUCUACCACCCUCUACCACCAUCCUCCCUCUACCACCAUCAUAUCUCUACCACCAUCCUACCUCUACCACUAUCCUACUUCUACCACCAUCCUCCUUCUACCACCAUUAACCUCUACCACCAUCCUCCCUCUACCACCAUCCUCCCUCUACCACCGUCCUUCCUCUACCACCAUCCUCCCUCUACCACCAUCCUACUUCUACCACCGUCCUACCUCUACCACCAUCCUACCUCUACCACCAUCCAACUUCUAUCACCAUCCUACCUCUAA